AUGCUUGCCCUUCCUGAGGGCUGCUCUGGCGGCGACGCUCCCAUGGUCAACGGCUUUGACGCAGCGACGGGAUCAUCGACGACUUCUGGGCCGACAGCCUGCCCGUCCGUCCUCGGGAGCGACGGCCAGGCCGACGGAGCCGCGCGGCGGCGGCGCGGGCCCAGGCGUCUUCGGGCGAACGCGGCGGCGGAGCUGGGCGCGGCGCUCGCGGUGGCGGCGCCUGCUGCUGGCGGGGCUGCGGCGUCGGAGGUCGGCCUUGACGGGGUCUUCGCGGUUGCCGACGGCCGCCCCCGCCAGGCGGCUGACUACGAGCUUCGGGUCAGCGAGCAGCUUCGGCAGAUGCUAGAGUCCGUGAGCUGGAGGCCUGCCAGAGUCCGUUAG